CUGUCUGUCUGUCUGUGUGUCUUUGGGAGGCUGAGAAAUAUAUGAUUCCGAUCGUUGCUGGCCACCCCCCAAGUCUGCCCGCCUCCUCCUACAUUGUGACCUCCGCGGCCCCCGGGAGACUGGCUGCGUGCGAUACUUGGUUGACGGGGAUCUCAGGACCGGCAUCUGGCCCCUCGCCCCGCCCCGACUGACCCGCCCGUGUCACCCGUUCAUUUCCGGUCUCUGAUCCAGGCUCUGAGGGGAUCGCGUGCCCCCCUUGCCCCCCCUGGCGAGUGGAUUACCGCCUUACCGCCCUCCGGUGGUGGUACAUGCAUGUUCUCAGCCGUGAUAUUGGUUGCACUGGCUUGAUAGUCGUUGGGCCCGUGAAAGCGUUGGUUGUGCCGCUUCCCCCCCCNCCCCCCCCAUUUUAGUGGGAUUAGACGUGAUUGUGAUUGCUUGACUGGCCAGUAGUCUCUUCGUGGGUGGGUACAAUCCAGGCGGGCGGGCUAAUUCAGAAUGGCCGAUGGCGAGAUCAACAUCGAUAAUAUCAUCCAACGACUCUUGGAAGUCCGCGGUUCCCGUCCGGGCAAGACGGUUCACAUGACCGAGAACGAGGUCCGGGGAUUGUGCUUAAAAUCCCGGGAAAUAUUUUUGCAGCAACCCAUUCUGCUCGAGUUGGAGGCGCCCCUCAAGAUUUGCGGCGACAUUCACGGACAGUACACGGAUCUGCUGCGUUUGUUCGAAUAUGGCGGCUUCCCGCCCGAAUCCAACUACCUCUUCUUGGGCGACUACGUGGAUCGUGGCAAGCAAUCCUUGGAAGCCAUCUGUUUACUACUAGCAUACAAGAUCAAGUACCCGGAAAACUUUUUCCUCCUCCGAGGCAAUCACGAAUGUGCCAGUAUUAACCGGAUCUACGGCUUCUACGAUGAAUGUAAACGACGAUUCAACAUCAAGCUGUGGAAGACGUUUACCGAUUGCUUCAAUUGCUUGCCCAUUGCCGCCAUUGUGGACGAAAAGAUCUUCUGUUGCCACGGCGGCUUGAGUCCGGACCUUCAGUCCAUGGAGCAGAUUCGACGCAUUAUGCGACCCACAGACGUGCCCGACACCGGCCUACUCUGCGACUUACUCUGGUCCGACCCCGACAAAGAUGUCCAAGGCUGGGGGGAAAACGAUCGCGGCGUCUCGUUCACCUUUGGAGCUGAUGUGGUGUCGAAAUUUCUGAACCGACAUGACCUGGACUUGAUAUGUCGAGCUCAUCAGGUGGUCGAAGAUGGGUAUGAAUUCUUUGCUAAAAGGCAAUUGGUCACACUCUUCUCGGCUCCCAAUUACUGUGGCGAGUUCGACAACGCUGGUGGCAUGAUGUCCGUGGAUGAAACGCUCAUGUGCUCCUUUCAGAUUCUGAAGCCAAGUGAGAAGAAGGCGAAAUACCAGUAUCAGGGACUUAGUGGAACGGGUCGACCUGUGACCCCUCGGGGUCCAACUGCGGGUCCCAUGACUGGAUCGGGUAUGAAACGAAAGUGAUGAAGAUGAUGACAAACAAAGAGCGGCCCGCCGCCCACGAGGACACGUUAAAUAAAUCAACGGGGUGAAGAACACGUUAGAGACUAUUCUUAUUUCCUUCUUUUGUUCCCACGCAUUGUAAACUCGGCCCGGAUGGUCGAAUUCGCUCUAUGAAAUAUUUUCGAUUGCUAAUUCACUCUCGCCCCCACCCUCCUCCUCCUUUUCUCAUGAUACAUAGAGAUAUAUAAAUCCAUAUAUUGACUAUCCUAGCCCUGCCACUUCCCCUGCCCCUUCCCUCGUCCUGUUUGUUCUCAAUCCCCAGUCUAAACACGGCACGCGAAAACGACGCAUAAUAACAAUCGAUCCCCGAAUCGAGGUUCGCAAUGCUUCGGGAACGUCAUUGUUGCCUUGUUUUCUCUUUCGUUUUAGUGUUGUAAUUGUAACAUAUAAAAAAUAAUGAUAACAAUAAAAAAUCAACACCCCCGA